CAGAAAGCAGUGAUAUCAGGAAUCAGAUGACCAUGGCAGACUCGGGAAGUAGCGAAGAAGUAGCUGUGAUUUGCAACACCGACAUUACUUCAUCGGAGUCGGAGAACAACAUAAUAAACACGAUGGUGGAAAGAAGCACAGCUCUGCUGAAAAAAAUGGAAAUAAGCGUUGCAGAGGCAGAUAAGAGGACAGGGAAGAACACUGUUAAUAUGCAAGAAACCUACACUGUCUACCUCAUAGAAACACGGCCAGCCGAAUCAGUCUCAGAAGGAGGUACUCCAGCUGCACCCGACACUUUAUGGAGACGCUACAGUGAGUUUGAGCUCCUCAGAACAUACCUCUUGGUCACAUAUCCCUACAUCAUCAUCCCUCCAUUACCAGAAAAAAGGGCAGAGUUUGUGUGGCACAAGCUUUCAGCGGAUAACCUCGACCCAGAUUUUGUAGAGCGGCGAAGAGUUGGUCUAGAAAACUUCCUGCUGCGUGUUGCAUCUCAUCCUGUCUUGUCAAACGAUAAUAUUUUCUUCCUCUUUCUCACAGAGGAAAAGGGUUGGAGGGAAGCGGUUCUCGAGACCGGGUUCCAAGAUAAGGUGGACUCCAGAUUAAAGUCUUUAAGUGCCAGUUUCAGAGUCAAGAAUCCUGACAAGCGAUUCACAUCUCUGAAAAACUACAGUGAUAAUUUAAGCACUGUCAUCUCUCAGUUACUCAGGAUCAGAGCGCGAGUUGCAGACAGACUGUAUGGAGUUUAUAAAGUCCAUGCAAACUAUGGCAGAGUUUUCAGUGAGUGGAGUGCUAUAGAAAAGGAAAUGGGAGAUGGAUUGCAGAGUGCUGGUCACCACAUGGAUACCUAUGCUGCAUCAAUAGAUGACAUUCUUGAAGAGGAGGAGCACUAUGCAGACCAACUGAAGGAGUAUCUCUUCUACACUGAUGCUGUCAGGUCAGUCUGUAGAAAACAUGAGUUGAUCCAAUAUGAGCUGGAGAUGGCAGCACAGGACCUCUCCUACAAGAAACAACAGAAAGAGGAGAUGGAAACUGGGACGGUGCGAAUCUUUUCUUUUAAGGGAAUGACCAGUAAAUUAUUUGGUCAAGAGACACAGGAGCAGAGAGAGAGCAAAGUGGCAGCCCUGGAGCAGAGUAUCCAGGAGGGGGAGAACGCCCUCAAGGAGAAGAAUGCAGAGACCCAAGAGUUUGUGGAGAAGGCAUGGAGCGACAUUGAACGGUUUAAGGAGCAGAAGGACAGAGACUUGCGUGAAGCAUUGAUCAGCUAUGCCAUUAUGCAGAUCAGCAUGUGUAAGAAGGGAAUACAAGUGUGGUCCAACGCCAAAGAGUGCUUCAAUAAAAUGUGAGCCAAUGACCAUCUGCAAC